CAUCUGGCUGUGGAAGGAUGCUCUAAAGGAAACACAUUACAAGCAGGUAUCUCUGUUAACUCAAGAGCAGAAAGUCAAGAUGACGACCAUCGAGAGCAAAGAGGAGAUCAGUGACACAGACAGUGGGAUAAUCUUACAUUCUGGUCCAGACAGCCCUACAUCUCCUCUUAAAGACCUGACUACCAACACCAGAGCCUUGAAGCUUAAACACCAGUCUCUGGAGGAGCGCCUGGAGCUCUGUCUGCUGGAGCUCAGGAAGCUCUGCAUCAGAGAGGCAGAGCUUACUGGUAAACUGCCCUCAGACUAUCCUCUGAUGCCUGAUGAGAAGCCACCACGUGUCAGAAGGAGGAUUGGAGCUUCUUUUAAGCUGGACGAAGGUCUGAUGCAUCUGAACAAACAGGAUUCAGAGUUGCAGUUGUUGGAAACUGACCUGGCUCUCCAGCAGAAGAUUUAUGAGGCGGCAUGCAAACUUUCUGUGGAGGAGAACCUCAGCAAACCACAGAAGAAGAGCCGGCUGCAGCAGUGCAAGAGGGAGGAGAAGAAAAUGAAGGAGCUGCAGGAGGCCGUGUUACAGCACAGGAUCAAGAGCGAGUGCAACUCACCCUGCAUCUCCAUGUCAAGCAGCCAAAACAAAGAUCUGAGCAUGUCUGAUGACAGCUCCCUGUCAGAUGUGGUGGCCCUUGAUGAUGAUGUGGACUCCCCUAGCCCUCCCUCUCCUCCAGAUUCCUGCUCUUCCUACUCUGACGCCCCACAUUUGACAGUCACGACCCUUCAGUCAUCCCAGCAGUCAUCAAGCCAGCUCAGUGUAGAGUACGAGCCUUCCCCUAUCCAGAACUCUCCGUGGAAAGAGUCCAGUCUGGAUCAGCCCUACAAGAAGGUCACUAAGCCUCAGUCUGCAAGCAGCAGCAGGUCCAGCAGUCCAGCAGGGACCCAGGUGCCAGCAGAGGGCUGCAGGAUUCCUCUUUCUCAGUUCGUCAGGAACUCUGCCCUGCGUCAAAACCACUCUACCAGUGCCCCCUCUACCCCUGAGCUGCAUGUACGCAGACAGUACUCCCAGUCCUUCAGACUUCCUAAAAGUAAACCAGCAGGUGACAAAGAGCGCCUCAGCACAGAGAACAAUCGUGGGCGAGCCAGGCUGCCCCAGCGGCGCUGUGUGGCUGACUUCAUGGUGCGUUCUCCAGAGUACUCUCCUCUACGACCCUACCAGUCCAGCUCAGAGGACAGCAGCUCUGAGCAUUCCUCCUCCUCCUACAUCAGCUCACCUGGCAGGGAUGGACCCACGGAGAUCCCAAAGCUCUGCCCACCACCUUACGGCUUCCACUUUGGAGCACAAAAGAAAGGGCACUCCAGCUUCUCCAGCCCACAGAAAAACACCAACCAGACCCAGUUCAGCCCUGGCUAUGUCAGGGCAGUGGCAGAAGAUGGCCCACUCUCCCCUCAAGACCUGGACAUGGGGAAGGUCUUCCUGUCCUCUCCUGUUGCACGCAGCCCACAGCCAAGACAGUGGCAAGAGAGAGCGUCGUCUCCAAGGAGAAUCCCAAAGCCUCCUCCGCCUUACACCAGGCUGGUGCGAACACCAUCACUAAAGGAGUACCCGAACCACGCCAUCAGGCUGAUGCCCAGAGAGAUCGUGUCAGAGGAGUUGAAGUCCUGGCACCAGAGGAAUCAGCUGCAGAAGUUACGGACGAAUGGUGUGGAUCAGCUGAGUGUGAAGAGCCCCACCUCGCCUCACCUGCUUCCAUUCAAACAGGCCUCUGGUAAUGUGGUACUCCAAAGAGCUGCAGAUGGGACUCCAGUCCAGUGGUUUAUUGCAGAGGAUGCUGAAAUUGUCAGUCAGGUUUAGCUUUAACAUCUACUGCUCUGCAGUAUGUUCUGUAGGAUUUGUGUUGUUCCCUUUUAUUUAUCUCUGUAUUUAUUAUUAAUUGGCUUUGGACUCUCUAUGAGAUAUUUGUGAAAUGAUGACAGUAACAUGGACUUUGCAAGCCUAUUUCUCUCUCAUCUUUUAAUUUAAAACUUAAUGUAAGGUGUUAUGCCACUUCUAUUUAUUUGUUUUAGUUACAUGAUUCUGGGGUGUAUUGACAUUAAAAAAAAAUUAACAACUGUGUCAAGUAGCUCAAAAGAUAUCAAGCAUACAUGCUGUGGUUCUCUCUGUGCCUGGCACACUUUUUGCACAAUAUAAUCACCUGCUGGAGCCUUU